AACACAUGUGAUCCACUGAUAUCGUCAAGUUUCCUCAGUAGAGGAGUGCUGUGGAUGCUGAUGAUUUUACGCUUAAUCCCGAUCGUAAUUUUCAUUAUUCUGAUUGCGUAUAAGUCGCCGAUUAGUUCGAUAAUCGCUUCUGUAAUGGAACGACUUAAAUCAAUGUGUCAACGGGAUCAAUUCAAGAGCAGAUACAUCAAGAAGAAAGACUACAACAACAACAAGAACGGCAGUUAUAAAAUUGAUUUCACGAAUACGGCAAAAACGACUCCGGUCAGUGCGCCACCUGCACCUGGAUCGCGAUCCAAUGUUUCGACUCCGUUACCGGCCAUGUCACCUGCGGCUAUUGAUCAUAGUAUAAGUUAUAAUAACGCGGCCUAUUUCGCGACCACUGGAACAGUCGGAGCACCUGGCGUGAAUAGCUCUCGUAGUAGUGAGAUCUCAAGAUGUGACGCUAUCGACCUUUACAAGCCUGCAUUGCAUACCAGCAGUAGUAUUAUGUCAGAAGUAUGA